AUGGCGCGAACUAUUCAGACGGACCGCAAACAGUCCAAAGCACCCACCAGACCAGAACGCACUCCUGAUGAGUUGGAGGCCGGCGAAGCUCUAAUCCUCCUCUCCAGGGGAUAUGGAGAGCGCACAGCAGGCACGAGGCAGCCAUCAAACACCAACAUGCAGACACAAAACGAUCAGGGUAACCACCAAACACAGAACAACCGGGGUAUGCCCGCGAAUGCCAAUCCUCGUCCUCGUCAAAACAUGACAUUGGCCCAGGCAGGUGGUAGGACGCAGACGCCUCAAAACGUUCCACAGCAACCUGCGAAUGCUGCCGUGCCAGCAAUGCAAGCGGCCCCGUAUUGGAACGCCAACGGACUCCCAGCCGCAGCACCCGGCGCCAGGCCAGAGCGAGUUGCUUUGACGGGCCAGGAGGCGCUGCAGGCAUAUCUGAUCAGACAGCAGAUCCUUGCAGGUGUGGCUCCCCAGGACCUUAUCAUGAUGAGAGGACCACCGCAGCAUGGACGUCAAGCCAUCCCACCACUGGUGCAGAUAACGAACCAAGGUGUUUAUGCUCCUGUCAUACCUCCCGCGACAUUCAACGGCGUGUUUCACCCAUUUCCGAUGUUGCCUCUUCAGCAGAACAUACCAAAUGCACCGGUACCUACGGGCGCAGCUGGUGUUCCCUAUCCUGCUGUCGCACCUGGUAUUCCUGCUCAAGCCGCUCAAGCCGCUAGAGCACCACAGUGUCAUUGUCCUCCUAAUGGACCUAUGAUGCCACAGGCAGCUGGCCAGUUCCAGGUCCAACAACCCCUGAACAGAAAUCAUCCUAAUGUAGCAGCAGCAAUGGCUCGUUUGAACGCUAACCGGCCUGCUCAGAACCGAGAGGUCUUUCCAGCGGCUAUGCAGCUCAACGGGCAGCAGCCUCAAGGCACAUAUCCUCUACCCGUCAGGACUUUAGCGGAAGGGAACGUGAACAUGCCCGCGAAUAAUGCGCCAGUGAGAGAUAAUGGAGCUCUUGAUAAGACUGCUGGAUCUCAACGUCACUCGCGCAGAACACCACAAAUCAAAACCGAGUCUCCUGCGCCUGAGGCGGUCCUUGCAAAUCAAGUUGACCAUACGGACAUUCGGAGGACUGUACCCGAGGCGAACGGACGCAGACGUCUGAUUCCUCAACCGCAUAUUGCACUUCAGCCUCCCAACGACGGGCAUAGACCUGCAUCCAAUGGCCCCGACCCUAGAGAAUCUUCGGCCACCCCGACUGCUGCAGCGCAAAGCUUAACCAGCGUCGCGCAGCACAGUCGCAACGAAAGCAAAAACAUCAGACGCAAUAAUUACAACAUGCUCAGGUCCUUCAUUUAUCACCCGUCUAUGGCGUUUUUGGCCUUUGAUCAUCUUGAAAUAGAGGACGUGAUCAAUCUGCAUCUUACCUGCAAGCGUUUCCAUCAAUUUGUGAGGAGCGUUCUGGCAAUAAUUGUCAUGCGUAAGGCGGCACAGAAAGCGCCAGAGUCGCUGCGCACAUUUCCAUUCCUUUGCUAUUAUGGACUUUGUGAUCGAUGGUCGGCGCCACCCGGGCUGAGAUUGAAUGAUGUAACUUACAUCAUACCCUCAGUCCGGUGGCUGAAGAUGAUCCUGUAUCGUGAGGCAGUCGUGAAAGACAUCAUGGAGCGCAUGGCUGACAUGGGCUGGAAACUGCCCAACAGAUGUGCCACGGUUGUGAAGAAGCUCUGGUUCUUGAUGGAUAUUCCCGACAACAGACGUCGCACCUGGACGAUCAGGAAGAAGACACUGUGGACUGACAACGAUCUAUUCCUCGCAGCUUAUUUCAUUGUGCAGCUGGAUAUGCUCUUCACCGACAGUCGCGCGAGGAAGAAGCAAGGUAGCAUGAGACGCCUGCUCAUGGCCCAGCCUAGCUUGGCUCUGCUGUGGGAUGUUCUCAGGGACGCCGCGUUGACUACGCAUUACGAGACUCUCAAGGCAUACGUGCGCUGGCAGUAUACUCCCCCGGCACACGAAGCGGGGUUGUUUGUUUUCGGCGUGCCACCCAAUGAGGUUGGUUCUCUACAGUGGGAAGGAUACGGCCGAAGGGCAAGAAAUGUCAAAUUCCAGCGACCAGACGAGUUGGUUUUGAGGGAGAUCAAGGAUCGGAACCUUGACAUGCAGCGUAUGUAUGUGGACAUUAUUCUUUCUGAUGAGCUGGAGCCGAAGGAGGAUGCUUCGCCAUACAGGUGGCAUGAGGAGAUCAUGAAGGAGUUUGUGAACUUGCCUUGGUUGCAGGUCGUGAACUUGAAAUGA